CCUCGGCCCCCGAAGAGCUCCGCGUCCGGCCGCCGCCGCCAUGUCCUCCCCUCCGGAGUCGCCUCACCACAACCAUAACAACAACCCGUCGCCCGAGGGGACGCCCGCCGAGCCCGGCCUCAACAGCUCCUGGGUAGAGCUGCAGAUGAAUGGUAACGGGAACGAUAAUGGCAAUGCAAAAAAUGGAGGCCUGGAACAUGUUCCUUCUUCAUCUUCCAUCCACAAUGGAGAUAUGGAGAAGAUACUUCUAGAUGCUCAGCAUGAGUCUGGCCAGAGCAGUUCAAGGGGUAGUUCUCACUGUGACAGCCCUUCUCCUCAAGAUGAUGGACAGAUAAUGUUUGAUGUGGAAAUGCACACAAGUAAAGACAAUAGUUCUCAGUCUGAAGAGGAAGCUUUGGAAGGAGAGAAGGAGGUGGACAUUUUGAAGAAAAGUGCUGACUGGGUAUCAGACUGGUCAAGUAGACCUGAAAACAUUCCUCCUAAGGAAUUUCAUUUCAGACAUCCAAAACGAGCAGUGUCUUUAAGUAUGAGGAAGAGUGGAGCGAUGAAGAAAGGUGGCAUUUUCUCAGCUGAGUUUCUUAAAGUAUUCAUUCCAUCUCUGUUCAUAUCUCAUGUUUUGGCUUUGGGACUGGGCAUCUAUAUUGGAAAACGACUGACUGCACCUUCAGCUAGCACCUACUGAAAGAAGCAUUGCACAACUCCUGGAAAUCCUUGUGAUCUGUGAAGGUGUUAAUGUCACACUAGUACAUUUGAACUUGAGACAAUUUUAUGCAUGACCCCCUUUCCAGCCUCCACCUUGUUUUUUACAUAUCCAGGUUCCAACAACUCUUGGAAUUCAGUAUUGGAACUCUGUGGAGGUGUCUCACUCUUCUCCCUUUCUCUAGCCUUCUUCCACAUCCUGCAAGACACAUCGGAGUUGCCUAACAGAGUUUACAGUUGCCUAUACGUUGCAAGGGCUUCUUUCAGUGCAAAAUGCCACCAGCAAAUUAUAAUUGUAUCAGUGAUGCUGUUGCCUCCUCUUUAUUACAAGAUAUAAUAUGUGCAGUGCUUAAUUGAACUGUUGACCAUAGCAAUCUCUUAUGUCUAAAAGAAACUGAGAACUAACUGAAGCUGGUUGUAGAACAAGCGAAGAGUCAUUGGCAAUUAUUGUUCUUUAAUUAGGACAAGUAAAUAAAUUCUAGAUGUAUUUCAGUUUUUUUGACUAACUUUUUCUUAGUUUUCAGGAGGUAAAAACGGCAUAAAAAUCAAGGCAGGAUAAAAUUUGAUUCAUGAGUAACGAAAUACUUUUAAUACUGAGUAACUGUCAUUACCUUGUCUUUUCUAUGAAGUAGUGAGUUUCUUUCUGAUAGAAAAACUUGUUGACCAUCUAUACAUUGUUUUGAAAAGCAGUUGCAUUAUUUGCAUGUGAAGAAGCUUCUAGUACUCUAGCACGUUAUUUAAUGAAAGUUUUCCUUUUAAAAGUAGCUUGACUUGAAGUGUUUUAGACCUGUUUUGACUUCAUGUGAAAGGACAUUCUACUUACUACAGACAGAACCACAUUGAAUUUACAAAGAGGUUGUUGUUUCAGCAGCUACGUGACAUUUCCUACCUGAAAACAGCCUUGCAGUUGUGUGAAACACAGUAUAUGAACCUCUGAACUGUCUUCUGUGGUUGAAUUUCAUUAAUCUCAUUUUCCAUGGUUUGUUACUGAACCUCUUCUGGCAAUACCUGAAAUGCUAAGGAUCUUAGUAAUACCUUGGUUUAGCUAGGUAGGCUUACUAAUGGGAACACUCAGCCUUGUUCUCCUUCAGAAUCAUUUUUUUCCAAGAUACGAAGCUUUGUUCCAAACUCUUUUCAACACAUGUGGAGUAGAUUUGUAUUGGAUUUUGGAAAACAGAAUAAUUCUGAAGGAUAACAUACUCUGAUAUGUGUAUAUAUAUAACAUGACAGACUUUAAUACUACAUAUUUAGGAAACGAUUAUUAAUUUUAAAAACUAGCAGAAAUCUAUCGAAAUAGACUUAUAGCAAAAGCACAAAAAUUAAGACUGGGGAAGCCUGUAAUAACAGGUACUCUGUUUUUGUGUUUGCAUCAGAGUUUCGGAAGUUACCAAAGGCUUUGUCCUGCAAGUAUAAAUUGAUCAUGCCAGUGAAAACAGGUGAAUGGUAUGAAGCAGGGAAGACAAGCUUGAAAUCCAUUCCUUAUGUACAUUGGUUUCAGUGUUUGACUCUGAGGCUUAAAAGGCAUUUCCCCCCUGAUUUCUACCUUCUGGGCCCUCCCCCCUUCAGUUUUGAAUGAUAGCACUUGUAUUGCUUGUAAUUAUAUAUUUAUUUUUCCCCUGUGUGCAUACUGGGGUCAUUUUGAGGUGAUUAAAAUACAAAGUGGGUUUUUUUUUUCUUUUAAAUAACCUCAAACAACAAGUCUGUGUGGGUGUAAAAAUCCAUUGAUACUUUCGACACAGAUUCUUGUACCUGAUUUUGUAAACAAUUGGAAUAUGGAAUAAUGUAUGAGGAAUUGGGACCAUGUUUGUUAAAAAUAAAAAUAAAGCUUAUCUCUUUUCCAAAUUUCAUGAUGAUUAAUCCACAGAAUGUUGUGUGGUAAACUACUACAUCUACAUGCUUGUGACUAACAUCUUCACUAAAUAGAAGCUUGAAAUAGUGUGAUUUUGUUUUGUUCUACAAUGAAAUGGAUCCAAUAGUUGUUAAAAUCUAAAAAAAGGGGUAUCAACUAUAAAGCUUUGUUUAGAUAAACCUUGUCAAAUAGCUUUAUACCUGUUUACAGUUUGGGGUGGAUAUACAAGCCUUGUUUUUCAGUGAUCAAUGAAAAACAGGACUUGAAAAAUUUGUAUAUAGAAUCAAGCAGAAGUGCAUAAACUCACACAUUUGAAGAAAAUGCAGCAGGCUGAACUGCAACUAACAAAAUUUUAAAAAUUGCUGUUUUGAAAACUGAAAAACUGUUGAAGAUCACAAUUUUUUAAAAGGAUACCUUGCUGAAAUUAUUGUAGUUAACUGAGCCAAAGUAAUUAUGCAUUCUUCAUAUUUAGUUAGCACUUUGUAACAUUAUAUACAGUUUACAGUACUUGUAUAAGUUGUAGCUAUAAACAUUUGGUGCCAUUAAAGCUGUCACAAGACUAAAUUUCUGCUA